AUGGCUCUGCCCUGGGUCCUUGCCCUCCUGAGCCUCCUCCCUCUGCUGGACGCCCAGGACCCAGCAUGUGCCAACCUGAAGCCAGCACCUAUCACCAAUGCCACCUUGGAGUGGAUCUCUGGCAAAUGGUUUUACAUCGCCUCAGUCUUCCGGGAACCCAAGUACAAUGCGUCGUCUCAAGAGAUACAGGCGGACUUCUUUUACUUUACCCCCAACAUGACGGAGGAUGUGAUCCUACUCAGAGAGUAUCAGACCACCCGAGGCCAGUGCAUCUAUAACACCAGCAAUUUGGAGGUGCAGCGGGAGAAUGGGACCUUCUCCAAAUAUGAGUGGGGAACAGAACAUAUUGCCCACCUGCUGCUCACCAAGGACCCCAAGACCUUCCUGCUUGCCUUCUUGCCAGAACAUGAACUGAACAAGGGGCUGUCCUUCUACGCUGACAAGCAGGAGGUGACUGAAGAACAACUGAGAGAGUUCUAUGAUGCCCUCAAGUGCAUGGGCCUGCAGAAUAUGGAGAUCCAUUACACAGAUGGGAAGAAGGACCAGUGUGGGCCACUGGAGAAGCAACACGAGGAAGAGAGGAAGAAGGAAAACAAGGGGUCCUGA